AGGCCGCUGCGGCCCGAGACUUUCUGUGAGCUCGAGCCCGCCCUCCCCUCCCACGCGCGCACGACGGCGCCCGCCGCCACGAGGGCCAUGCUGGCGGACCAGUCCAGGCCCGCCUGCGUUGCCACCGUGGGCUUCGACGGGCAGCACGCGGCCGCGAAGGCCGUCGGUGGCGGGGAUCCAGAGCUUCCAGGGAGGGCGGCGCUCGCGGCGCCGCGCGGGGAGGACGUCCCGUGGCCCGUGCGCCUGGCGCGGGCGGCUGGCCCGGAGGAGAGGACGCCACCAGCUCGGCGGAUGAGCCGGUGUUCCAGCGGAAGUCGAAGUGUCAGCGGCGUCGGCAGCAGCGAAAUCUUGCCAUGAAGGCCAUGGCGCGGACGACCACGACGAGUGGUGACGAGCUUCGUGAGUCGUCUUCUGCGCCGUCAGCGGGUUCUGGCGCAGAGCCGUCCGCGACAGGACUGCGGUCGUCUUCCGUCGCGGAGCUGUGCCAAUAGGCCGUGGGCGCGUCGGGCGGGCAAAAUGCAACAAUCACAUCAACAUGUGUUAUUGACAUAUUGCAAGAGCUCAAUUUCAAGCCAUCGUGCGUCGACUGCACAAGCGUUUAAGUUGCAAGUGCACGCUCACAGGAAAUUAUCGGUUACGGCUGUAAUUUGCGACGCGAUGUGUGACAUACCAGCCGUAGGAAAUUGCUUCACGCAAUUCGUUUUUUUUUCCCGUGAGUACAUUCGGAGGCGCCCGGCUCAUUGAAACUCAGCAAUUUGGAGUUCGCGACGUUUCGAACGCACCCCCAGGCCAUUCAGUGCACGGCACGCCCUGUCAGAUUUGCCCUCUGUUUUGCCAUAGCCCUAGCAAGAGCCACUGUGAUCACAGGGACAGGUUCAGCACCGCAUGUGCUGAUUCUUAUUCCAUUACAGAAUCACCCACGCCUGGAUCAUCAAUUUCGCUGGUCUGGCGCGCCUGUCCGCUCGUUCCUCCACCACAUGGACCAUCGCAAGCUGAUGGCCCGAUGUAGGUUGUUGCGCUUAUGUGGACGCGCGCAAACACAAUGGGAUAAUCGUGCCACUGCGACAGGCCAGACCCAGACACGACGUGCUGGCGGGCAACUUUGAGUUCAAGUAUUUGUCAGUGAUCCUCUCCGUCUUCUCUCUGUUUUCUCUCUCCUCCUCUACUCUCCUCUCGUUUCCUAUCUCUCUCUCUCUCUCUCCCUCGCUCUUCGGGCCGUUGGGUCCCUCUGCCUACCGCUCCGCGGGGGGAGUUCCCGCCCAGAGUUCGCUGGACGCCCGCCUCGCCUUCAGCUUCUCGGCUCUUCUGCGUCCUCGUGCCCCUCCUCGAGUCGACAGUCGGCAUAUUUGAUUGCCAGCGGGCAGACAGUCCCCAUAUUAUGCAGCGGGCUCAUCGGGGGGGCAAGCAUUCGGAGCGUUGUACAAGUAUAGCUUCGGAGCGUUGUCCAAGUAUAGCGCGGAUGGACAAAAACUCAUGGGGCUCUCGCUGCCCAUCUCCGAGCCAUAUGCUGAUCAUGAGCUGCGUGAUGCCUCCUCCCCUUCUC